UUCAACGCAAUUUGCCAAGUGAUUGAAUUGCUGCCCACGUCUCGAGGAAACGCUAGUGUGAGAGGGAGACAGAUCUAGCGAGAGAGGGAGGGAGGGAGAGAGAGAGAGCGGUCCUUCCCUUUGGAUCUCUCGAUCGCCGUACUACUUCAUGGUCGACCCUGCUUCACACUGUCAUGGAAAAGAACCUCACGCCCAUUCAUUAGCAACAGAGAAGAAUUAGUCGCCAUGCACGCUGGCUUUCAGCAGAUCGAUUUCUGGUCAGGAGUUCAAUACCACCAUCGAGUUUUUUGCACUAUCCCAGCUUUUCCAUUGAAACUGUUCAAGAGACAAGGAAAACUUCAGCAGGACCCAGGAGGCGGUUUGACAGACAUGGCAUGUCAAGUAGUCUUCUCUAAGGAGACAGAAAACCAGGUGAGAAAUAAGAUCAUCAUUGAAAAUGGGCAGACAUGUAUUCCACCAUCAGUUCGUGCACUCCUGCUCAAGUAGAAGUUGAAAAAGGCCCAUGUAGAAAGAAAUACGGUUGAGAAUUUGACAUGGUAGUGCCUACGUCAGACUACAUCAUUGGUCCCAACCUUUCCCAAGGAAAUCUUUCAAGAACUUGGAAAUUCUCCUAGAUAACCUUUACUUGAAGUUAUGGAACCUGAACAGCAAGAGAAUUCUUCCCCAAAUGCAGCAGAGAUCAUACAGUCCCUGUCAAGAAGCGCUCAUUUUGCAAAGGAAAUGGUGUACAAGUUCAAAAGUGGCUCUACCUCAGUUUCGGGCCCUGAAUUGUUUGACACAGUUAAGCAGCUAGACAAGGUGAUCAAAGAAAUAGGAGAAGCCCUCAAGGGUAUGCCUGAAUCACCAUUUGAGAACAACGAUUGCUUGCAAGUCAAUGAUGAAGCUUUUUCAAAAAGAAAACGUGUUCACCUUCAACCUACACCAUCACUUCUCCAGUCCGGACAAGAAAAUUUACCACGUAAAAAUGUAGAGAAGAAUGUUGAAGGUGACUUUCAUGGAGAAACGACUAGUGAAAAUUUGGGCGCUGCAAAUUCAAAAGGGCACAGCUACAACACAUCACGUCUGAUUGAGUACGCUAGAAAUGUGAGUUUUGGUGAUCAAGAAAAGAACCGAAGUAGCAGGAUAUCUUCACAGUCAUUACCAAGAAUAGCAGAAUACAUGGACCCUCUCUAUGAAACAUUCUUCUGCCCUUUGACAAAAAAGAUCAUGGAAGAUCCAGUCACAAUUGAGAGUGGCCAAACAUACGAAAGAAGAGCCAUUGAAGAGUGGUUCAGUAAAUGUGAUGAAAAAGGAGAGGGAGUUACAUGUCCAUCAACAGGGACAAAAGUAACCAACACAAGUUUAAGCACAAACCUAGCACUGAAGACCACCAUAGAACAAUGGCAAGAAAGAAACGAAGCAACAAGAAUAAAACUAGCACAUGCUGCACUUUCACUCGGUAGUUCAGAGGGAAUGAUAAUAGAAGCACUGAAAGAGAUUCAGGGCAUAUUGCAGAAGAGGAAACAUAAGAAGGAGAUGCACAAGCUAAAAAUGAUACCAUUACUUUCUCAACUUGUGGAACACAAAGACGUGACAGUGAAAUGUGAGGCACUGGGGACAUUACGGUUACUAGCAAAGGAAGACGAAGAAAAGGAAUUGAUUGCUCAAACAAAUGCAAUCCCAUUAGCAGUAAGACUCAUGUCAAGUCCAGGGGAACAGCUUGCAGCAGUGUCAUUGUUGCUAGAGCUUUCAAAGAACAGUUUAUCUUUAUGUGAGAAAAUUGGCUCCAGACCUGGUGCCAUUCUCCUUUUGAUUACAAUAAAAUACAAUACUACUGAUUCAAUGGUGGCUGAAAAAGCAAACAUGACCCUAAACAACUUGGUGAAGUGUCCAAAAAAUAUCAAGAUCAUGGCAGAAAAUGGACUUUUGGAACCUCUUCUCAGCAACCUCAUUGAAGGUCCAGAGGACAUGCAGGUGGACAUGGCAAGUUAUCUUGGCAAAGUAGUUCUGAGCAAUGAGAGCAAGUUACAUGUCACCAAAAGAGCAGCCACUUCAUUAAUAAAAAUGGCAUGCAGUGAGAACUUACUAGCAAGGAGGCAUGCGCUCAUUUCUCUUGGUCAGAUUUCAUCUUACCACCCAAGCAGUAAACCACUCAUUGAAGCAGGCAUUUUACCAAUGUUGAUAGAACAGUUAUUCAAUACAGAAGACCGCAAAGAUGGAAUGGAACUAAAAGAGUUCUCAUCUGCUGUACUUGUUAACAUUCUUGAGUCAAGGCCCAAUUUUGAGACCCUUCAGCUGAAUGCACAAGGCCGUAACAUGGUCUCCGAUUAUGUCAUCUUCAACAUAGUUCACAUGAUCAAGAGUUCAAGUCUUAAGCUGAUCAAGAACCUUGUGAGGAUCCUCUUAUGCCUAAGUGAAUCUCCCAAGGCCAUGACAAGCAUCGUGGCUGCAGCAAAAGGGCCUGAUACCAUGCACAUGCUGAUAGAACUGAUCAACUAUUCUGAAGAAGAUCUCACAAUUGCAACUGCCAAGCUAUUGAUUCUGCUGUCUGCACAUGUUGGACACACCCUUGCUGACAAACUAUGCAAGACUUAUGGGCAACCUGGCAACCUAAUAAAAACAAUAGAUACCAAUGAAAUAACUGAACUGGCUUCAGUUACUGCCAACUUUCUAGCAAAGCUCCCCUCUAACAAUCUAGCCUUCAAUAUAUCAUUAGCUCAAAGAGAUACUCUACCCAUAGCCCUUCAUAUGCUACAUAAAAUCCAAGUUGGUGCAAUCAGGACGAGCAGAUUUAUGGGUUCUUACCUAGAGGGGUUAGUGGGAAUCUUGGUAAGGUUCACAUUCACUCUCUACGACAGUGAAAUCCUGUCUCUUGCCAAGUCGCAUGACCUUUCUCUUGUGCUGACAGAGCUGCUCAUGAGACCAGGCAAUGAUGAAGUCCAAAGGUUAGCAGCAGUGGGCUUGGAGAAUCUUUCAACUGAAACCAUCACACUAUCACAGAUACCACCCACACUUUUCAAGAAGAAGUCCAACAAGGGGAUUCUCACUAUGUUCAAUAAGCCAAAAACGACCAAACCAGAAACUAAACUCUGUCCAAUUCAUAAGGGUGUAUGUUCUUCAAGUACCACUUUCUGCUUGAUGGAUUCAAGGGCGUUGGAGACCCUGCUAGCAUGCUUAGACCAUCAGAAUGUUGAUGUAGUUAAAGCAUCACUGUCUGCCAUAUCCACACUCUUAGACCAUAGAGUAGAUGUGCAUAUGGGCGUGUUUGUGUUGAGCAAGAUCGGUGCAGCUCAGCAAAUUCUGAAUGUGUUGAAGGAACAUAAGGAUAUGAGUGUGUGGCAAAAAUCAUUCUGGUUGAUUGAGAAGUUCAUGACAAAUGGACAGAGCCUGCAUUGUAUUCUCAACGACAAGGUCCUGCCAGUGGCCCUGGUGACUGCCUUUCAUCAUGGCGACAUAACAACAAGGCACUUAGCUGAGAGGGUGCUUAGACUCUUGAAUAAGAUACCCAACGACCAAGUAGUCUGAGUUUGUAAAUAAGAGAAAAUGGUUGGAGUAUAAGCAUUGGUCUUUUCCCUUUUCUGUUCUUUUCCAGAUUUCUUAUUCAUGUGCACAUAUGACGCUCGCUAACUCUAUUGUAAAAAUUUUCAUUACUUCUUUCUUUCCUACUGUAUAUUUGUUGUGGAUUUUCUUAUAAUAAAUCUUCAUCUAUACAAUGAAAAAA